GUGCAAAUCUCAAAAACCGGAGAUAUCGAAAAAGUAAUGAAUGAAAAUUUGGUUACCCAUUACGAAGAUACACGCCCGCAAUAAGGAUUCUCUACCCUUUUGACUGUAUAACUCAACUUGCACUCUCAAAAUAAUAACAGCGCGCUUCACGUGCAUUUUACAUGGCUCAAUGAUUGCUCCCAAAAACACAAAACAACUCUAUGAGUUACAUUUUGUAUGAUAAACGUCAAACAUGUAAAUUACUGAGUUUUAGAAAUUAUUUCAUUUAAAUUAAAUUUCGUUCAAAAUUAUUUGUUAAAAGUUGUUUUAACAUUUUAUUUAAUAACUAUGAAAAUUGAGGCAGUCUUAAAUCAAUAAAUGAGUCGGAAAGUACCUAAUACGGAUUUAAAAAAAUGUCUAACCAAUUUGAAAUUGAUGAACAAAUUAAGGACAUGAGUUUUGCAGUUGAAAAAAACCCACAAGAAUCUAUAGAAGUCAGUAGAAAACUUCAACUUCGAAGCCAUUGAAAUUUAAAGUAAAAGUUCGUAAAAGAAUUACUUCUUCACGUAAACCAGCUUCUGUAGAAAUAUCUAAGUUUUGUACGUUUAAUAAUACGGAGAAACUAAAGUUAGUGAAAAGUAAUCAGACUAUUGUAUCAUUUGAUCUUACUAUGGGUGGUUCAGAAGUGGCAAGAGAAAAUUCAAGAAAAAAUAAAUAUUCAUUUAGCAGCCUAUUCAAACCAAGUAAUAAAAAUGAAACAAGAACUAAUGGUACAAAAAAAGUCUAUAAAGGAAUUUUAGGAAAAUGCAAACCCGGAGGCUGCUUAGAUCCGCCAUUUAAUGAGGAUUCAUACCCAUAUUCGAAAAAGGAAGAAAUUUCUGCAAAUUAUGUAGGUAAAAACAAAACAAUGAUCGAAGAAAAACUUCCUGCUAGUGAUGGUAUUUUAAACAAGGGCCAUGUAGAUCUUAACAGCAAAGCAUCAUCUAUAGAUCGAAAUUCUAAUAAGUUGGAAACUUUCAAAGGAUCAAAAAAAACACAUGUAGAUGAGGUUUUUUCAAAUAACUUAAUAACUUAUCCUCCUACUCCAUUAACUUCAAGUGAAAAUGAAUUUUCUAAUAAAGCCAUUAAAUACAUAAAGAGGCCUGACAAACUAAUGUUAGCACAUCAUGAAUCAGGAAAAAACUAUUUCCCUUCAAGAAAUGGAAAUGGAGAGAACAGUGAUGAAUACAAACCAUUAGCUCAAGAUUCAUUUAUCGUCAAAAAUCAAUUUAGUAAGAAGGAGACAACGAAUAAACCAUCAUCUCGUGAUUCAAAUGAAAACACUAUAGAAAUACAAACCCAAAAACCUGAUGUUAAUAAGUUAUUGCAUGAUAUUCCACUCGAAAAUAAUGAUUCAUCAGCAGCAAAAGAUAGUAUCAUAAACCUGAAACCUGCUAUAAUAUAUCCAUCUCUCAAAAGUGAAUCCGAAAAUUCUAAAAUAAUUAAUGAUAUCGCAUACAUUGAUUUACAUGAUGAUAGACAACAAAAAAAUACUGAAACAACUGAAAGUACUCACAAUUCACUAGCAGUGAGUGAAAAUAUCAAUAAAGAUAAUUCUAUGAACUCACACAUGCAUGAUAAACAUAUUGAUAUUUCAAAUGAAGAUACGCAAAAUUAUCAUAAUAACUCAAAAACAUUAUACCAAAAUCCAGAUGGCAUAGAUAAAACUGCUGAUAAAAGAACCAAAAAUGAAUAUGAAGGUCCGUUGGAAUUAGACAAAGUAUUUGAUGAAUCACCAGUUGAAGACUCUAUUCAUAUUUUAGAUGAAAAAACAAAUGAACAAGAAAACAAUACAAAAUUCACUAAACAUGGAAACAAUACAAUAAAUAAAUAUGAAGGUCCGUUGGAAUUAGACAAAGUAUUUGAUGAAUCACCAGUUGAAGACUCUAUUGAAACAAAUAAGAUAGAUGACAAUACUCGAUUCACUAAAAAAGAAAGUAACACAAUGACUUCAGAUAACAAUUCAAAUAAAGGAUCCAGCAGUGAAAAUAGUUUUGUAACUAAUAUAAACAAUGGUAUCGGUGAUGAUAUUAAUAAUAUGAAUACUAUAAACAGCAAACCAGUGGUGGAUGCUUAUGAUAUCAAUGUUACUUCAGGAUUAAGUAGAGAGCGUGAAAUUAUGAAAACAGAAUCUCCGAAUCAGAAACAUGCACCCAAAUAUUCAUCAAGCAAACUUUUAAAUAACGAUGACAACGAACGUACUCCAUCACUUCCUGACAUAAAGAUAUCUGUUGAUAAAUUUAAUGAAGACAAUAAUUUGCCGAUUGCUGAUUUAUAUCAGGAAAAAGAUAACAUUAGUAAUAAAUUUGUGGUCGUUGAUAUUAGGUUUCAAAGGUAUCGUGAUUCCCAAAAUCAAUUGAUUUUUAAAAGUGUGGACAGUAAAAAAGAUUUUGUAAGAUUCAAGGAUGAUAUUAUUACAACCAUAAAUGCUAAGGUACAGGCAAAUACUACAAUGCAAAUACCAAUUGACGAAGACAGUGACAUAUUCUUAAAUAUUGCUAUGAAAGGAAAAUCGUUGAAAAAUGCAAAGGAGGGAUCUAGUCUGACGCUUAGUACACGUAAUACCGAAAAUGAAUUAAAGCGCGACUUGGCUGAAUCAGAAGCAUCCGAUUUCCCCCACGGGACGCGCUUGACAUCCGAAAAACUUAACAAAACUCUAAGCUUAGUUUAUGAAGACCAACUCUUGCCGCUACAAAAUAUUAUAAUGUCUCUAAAGAACGAAAUAGACGCUAUGGCUCAGCAACAAGCCCUUUUCAAGCAGACCAUCAUAUCAUGUAAACGAAGGUCUUAUAGAGUUAGACAUGUUAAGAAAUGCAAUUGUAGCAGAAGAUCUCAUGUGUUUUCAAUAGACAAAAUAGAAUAGAAACAGAAAACGAAGUCUCCCUUGUGAAGUGUGAGUCAACAGUGUCAAAUUUUAUCAGUGCUCCUGUUGCCAUUCCAAGAUUACCCGAUAUAAUAAAGCUACAUUCAGUA